CCCCCCCUUCCAGCUUUCAUUUAUUUUAAUGCUGCGGCCGGGCGUCGGGACUCGUUUGCGGGGGCGGAGGGAUACGCACGCGAGGGCGUGAGGUCGGCCAACGUUCGCCUCCUGCCGUUGGGCACGAGAAGAGAGGGGAGGGGGCGGCGGCGACUCAGCCCCGGGGCGGAAGGAGACGGACACCAGCCGAAAGCUGAAAGGUCGCAACGCCAGGUCCCCUCCCCCCCGUCACCAUGGCUGACCAGCUGACAGAGGAGCAAAUUGCAGAGUUCAAGGAGGCCUUCUCCCUCUUCGACAAGGAUGGCGACGGCACUAUCACUACCAAGGAACUUGGCACUGUCAUGCGCUCCCUGGGGCAGAACCCCACAGAAGCUGAAUUGCAAGACAUGAUCAAUGAGGUGGAUGCGGAUGGAAACGGCACCAUUGACUUCCCAGAAUUCCUCACUAUGAUGGCCCGGAAGAUGAAGGACACAGACAGCGAGGAAGAGAUCCGCGAGGCCUUCCGGGUCUUUGAUAAGGAUGGCAAUGGUUAUAUCAGUGCUGCAGAGCUGCGUCACGUCAUGACCAACCUUGGCGAGAAGUUGACGGAUGAGGAGGUCGAUGAGAUGAUCCGAGAAGCUGACAUAGACGGGGACGGACAGGUCAAUUACGAAGAGUUUGUACAGAUGAUGACUGCCAAAUAGGAAGAGCGACUGCCGCCCCUCCCCUGUACAGAAUGGAAGGACUGCUUACCAUAGAGAUCUCACCCAGCCCCUCCCGUCUGUGUGGCUCUCAUGCUCCAUCGAUGCUUUAGCGGUUUGUGGCCAUUCUUUACCAUCUCCCCCAAUGCCCC